UUUGACCAAAAUAAGGUCUUUGGAGGCAGGGAAUGUGGACGUGUCAAAGUUUGCAGAUAAAAAGAGGGAGCAGCACGGCUGGUGAUGUGAGAUGGAGCACGGAGCAGCAUGGCUGACUGGUGACAGUUUCUAAGGUAAAUGCUGUGGAAUGAUACCGUGCAACUAGGCUUCUUCUUUGUGAUCCACCACUGAUUUCUCAGCUGCCUGAGAGCCAGGACUGGUGUUCUGUCUGAUGUGUACUGUCGGGAUCAUCCAUAGCAGGUUCUCUUGCUGCCAGCAUGGAUCCCCUGGUGCUGGUUCAUAGGAUAUUACAGACUCAGUCACACUCACAGAUUCAGUCAACUUUAUUUUUUGUGGCUUUAUGCACCCAGGACUCUGUAUACCAAGAUGCUCAUCUGGGCGAGGGCUGGACUAAAGCUAAAGGAGCAGUGACAGCUUGCACUGGUUAAGACUUUGGCUAAAUUAAAAUAAUUUCCUUCUGCAUUAUUUCUGUGCAAUUGUGAAUACGAAUGGAAAGGAUAGUGGGUGUAGGCUGCCUGGCUUACAAGAAGGUUCCUGGAAAACAGGUAUUGAAAGUUUGAGGCCAGAGGUUUUCCUGUGCUCUCUGUAGCUGCUGCCCGGUGCUGUGCUGAGGAAAAGCAGACUUGGGAAGGCAGGUGCUGACCUGAGGAGAAGUGGUGGGAAGGCCGCUAUCCCUUGCCUACAGGGUGUCAGGGUGAGGGUCACCACAGGGCCUGCUGUGCUUCCCUGUGCCGGUCACCAUGGAGACCUUAUCCCAGGACUCUCUGCUGGAGUGCCAGAUUUGCUUCAACUACUACAGCCCCCGCCGACGGCCCAAGCUGCUGGACUGCAAGCACACCUGCUGUUCCGUGUGCCUGCAGCAGAUGAGGACCAGCCAGAAGGACCUGCGCUGCCCCUGGUGCCGUGGGAUCACCAAGCUGCCUCCGGGCUACUCCGUCUCGCAGCUGCCCGAUGACCCCGAGGUGAUCGCCGUCAUCGCGAUCCCCCACACCUCGGAGCACACCCCCGUCUUCAUCAAACUCCCCAGCAAUGGCUGCUACAUGCUGCCCUUGCCUCUCUCCAAGGAGCGGGCGCUGCUGCCGGGAGACAUUGGCUGCCGUCUCCUGCCCGGCAGCCAGCAGAAGUCCCUGACGGUGGUGACGAUCCCCGCAGAGCAGCAGCCGCUGCAGGGCGGCCUUCCCGCCGAGGCGGGGGCGGAGGAGCCGGACCGGAGAGGCGCUGUGAAAAGCUCCACCUGGUCAGGGGUGUGCACUGUGAUCCUGGUGGCCUGCGUCCUGGUCUUCCUCCUGGGCAUCGUCCUCCACAACAUGUCGUGCAUUUCCAAGCGCUUCACGGUGAUCUCCUGCGGCUGAGGCGGCAGGGGCUGCGCUCCCCCGGGGGUCAGGUUGGGUCGGUGGUGGUGGCGUUGAGCGAGACAAUUCCGUGCAGCUUUCCCCAGUGACUGCAGGACGCUGUGCAGCGGGGCAGCGGUGCCCGCCUGGCUGCGGCCCCCGCAGGGGUGGCAUCAGGCCUCUCGGCAGCCUGCGGAGAAAAUCACGUCCCGUGUCUGGCGGCAGUGGCACUGAGGAGGACUGCAUGUGUCACCGCAACCAUUUAUCAAAGGGACUGCAACUUCACAGUGAUCUUUUUUUAUGUGUUACGAGAUUAAAGACCUCUGUGUAGCUGGUUAUACUGUGAAGCAUACAGUAUGGGCUCUUCUUUAAACACAGUAUAUUAAAAUCAAAACUGCUCCACGUAGAAUUAAAUGAGAACUGGCUCACAACUCUACGAGGUGUUCAAUACCAGUCCACACAUGCAUUAUUUUUUAAUGAG